CUAAUAAUCAAACCCACCGGAAUCUGACACUCAUAUACACAUACAGUCCCGGCAAAUUCGGUUUUUAUUGCUUUCUAUUAUUCUCUUUCUUUCACAAAAACACACACACACACGUAGUAUUGUGUAUUAUUAUGUGGUGGAGAUCAGCCUCGUUCAUUCUGGACCAUCGACUCCAAGAGGACCCACCAAACAACAUCGCUUCAUCCUCCAAAGAACCCGAUACUCUAUCAACACUUUCCCCUCCCCAAACCCACUCCUCCUUCAUGGCCGCCGCCGAUCCCUUCAACCCUAUCCCUAAUCCCAAAAUCUCCGCCUACUACCAGACCCGAGCCGCCCACACCGCCGUCGUCACCAGCGACUGGCUCGCCCAAGCCCAGGCCGCCGUUGGCCACCAUCCCGACGACUCUCCGGCGCCCCAAACCCAGGUUCUCGCUUCUCCCUCGGCUUCCGGGAAAAGCUUCUGUGUCAUUAACGAGUUCAAUAACUGGCGGAAACAGCCCGAUCUCGCGGAGGCCGUCGCUGCUAUUCGCGCCUUGGCCGCCGUGAUUAGAGCUAGUGAGGCUACCACUAUGAUGGAGCUCGAAAUCGAGCUCAAGAAGGCCUCCGAUUCUCUCAAAUCAUGGGACACGACCUCCAUCUCCUUGACAGCAGGCUGUGAUCUAUUCAUGCGUUAUGUAACUAGAACUUCAGCGUUAGAAUAUGAAGACUUCAAUUCAGCUAGGUCUCGCUUGAUUGAACGUGCAGAGAAGUUUGGAGAGAUUUCCUGUAAGGCACGCAGGAUCAUUGCCAUGCUUAGUCAAGAUUUUAUAUUUGAUGGUUGUACAAUUUUGGUGCAUGGCUUUUCUAGAGUUGUCCUGGAAGUGCUGAAGACGGCAGCUCAGAAUAAGAAACUCUUUCGGGUUUUCUGCACAGAGGGAAGACCGGACAGAACGGGUUUACGAUUAUCUAAUGAGUUAGCCAAGCUUGAUGUUCCUGUGAAACUCCUGAUUGACUCUGCAGUGGCAUAUACUAUGGAUGAGGUUGAUAUGGUAUUUGUUGGGGCAGAUGGAGUGGUGGAAAGUGGAGGUAUUAUUAACAUGAUGGGAACAUACCAAAUUGCAUUGGUAGCACACAGCAUGAACAAACCAGUUUACGUGGCUGCUGAAAGCUACAAGUUUGCUCGCCUUUACCCACUAGACCAGAAAGACAUGGCCCCUGCUCUACGUCCUAUCGAUUUUGGGGUACCCAUCCCAUCCAAGGUUGAGGUUGAAAGGUCUGCUCGGGAUUAUACACCUCCUCAAUAUCUUACUCUACUCUUCACAGAUUUGGGUGUGCUCACUCCUUCUGUGGUCAGUGAUGAGCUCAUCCAGCUAUACUUAUAGUCAUAGUCGUGUAUGGAUAGUUGGAUACAAUUUUCUGUAUUCUUGCAUGAAUGGUUAGCUUGGUUUUGUUGGUGGUUUUUUAUUUGUGAACUUUGGAAUGGAUAGAAAUGCAUGUCAUUUUUUUGCGCAAA